CUGCGGGGCGGGGCGAGGCGAGCAGUCGGCAGCCCAUCCAGACGUGUGCAGGGCAGGCCAUCCAACCGUCCGUCCACUCAGACGACCAGAACAAGUACCGUACGGUCCACUCCAGUCGCUCCGUGGUGACCUACUUGAUUUGCUAACUUUUGUCCCAUCCGAGCCAGACAUGCACGUCGUCUUUGUGACUCUGCUGCCAGUUGUCGUCGUGCUCUUCCCGCCAGUAGCGCGGGCUCAGGGGAGCGGCAACGGCAGGCCGCUCCAAGCCAAGAACAUCACGCUGGCCGUCGGCAGCCGGGCCGUCCUGCCUUGCCACAGCCCUCGCGCGCUGUGGACCCAGGACAGACUGAGGGACCGCCAGAGGGUGGUGCACUGGGACGUGAUCCGCAACACGCCCAAAUACUCGGUGGAGCGCCUCCUGGAUAUGUCCCCCGCCGCCCGCCCGAGGCUCUACGACAGCGCCAACAAGGGGCGCCUUUCCAUUCCGGGCUCGGCGUUCCAAGACGGCAACUUCUCCCUCGUCAUCACCAAUGUGGUGCAGAGUGACCGAGGAGUGUACACGUGUAAUCUGCACCAUCACUACUGCCAGAAUCAACAAUCUGUUCGCAUUCAGCUGAACGUGACCAAGUCAGCGCUCAAGCAGAAGCGUUACUGGGACGGAGAGAAGACGGUGCUGGUGGCCUUGCUGGGCAGCUCGCUGGUGCUGCCGUGCGUCAACCGCCACCCCCUGUGGAGGGACGGGCUCCAGGAGGACCAGCAGCAGGUGGUCCACUGGGACUUCCAGCCCCCGGGCGUGCGUCCCGACAGAGCCGAGCGCCUGGUGGACCUCUACGCUUCGGGAGAGCGGCGGGAUUACGGGCCGCUGGUGGCCCGCAACAAGAUGAGCGUGGCCGACGACGCCUUUCGCCUCGGCGACUUCUCGCUGUCCAUUUCCGACUUGCGGCCGCUCGAUCGAGGCCUCUACUCCUGCCACCUGCACCACCACUACUGCGGCCUGCACGAGAGACGCGUCUUUCGACUCACCGUGGUACCUUGGCUAGCCACGGAGCCCACCGCGGCUUCGGAGGCCUUCCCCGACGACCGACCGGAACCAAGAAUCAAAGACGUUGACAGUCCUCAUGUGGUCAACGUCAUCCUCCCGGAGCAUCGGAGCCAUGUGGUUCAGCACGUGGGCUACUUCCUGGCGGCCUUCCUGCUUCUGGCCUUCGUCGGAGUCGCAAUCCUCGCGCUGACUCGUCGGCGCAAAAAGAGAGGCCUGGCAUACCACCUGGGCAGAUAUGACGAGAGAAACGUCAUCUAUGAAGGUGAACGCUCGUCGGACUGCACGGAGCUGAAGAGCCGCGACCCAGAGCCGUCGAGUUCAGAUUACAAAAACAACCUCCUGAAAGAGCGAGACAUGAGCAAAGACUGCAACAAGGACUUUGAUGGCAAGCUGUGGAAGUGAGGAGCUCGGGACACGCUGCUGCUGGCAGGACCAGGGCAAACGCCGCCCAAGGGGGACGAAAUGACAACCGAGCAACACGGCACGUAGCUUUGACUUUUUUUGGAUUUGAUCACGUUUAUUCACUUUUAUUUGCCAUUUUGAGGUGGCAUGCCCCCCCCCAAAUGUUUUCUGGCGUGGAUUAGGUGUCAUGUGCAUGCAUACGGCGCUCAAAGGUCUUUUCAUAUGACAAUAGUUGCUUUUGCACCCUUUGUUUUUUGUUGCAUACAUUCUGCUGUAUUGUUAUUUGCAAACCAAUGUUCACUGUAUACGGACUAGGUCGCCAAAUGUUGUGGCACAUUACUUUCCUAACUUGUUUUUAUAUUUCUAAAUUCGUUUCCAAUGUGUAAAAAAACCAAAAAACAAUCGUAAACCAUAGACUUUUGGAAUCGAUUUAUCCAAACAAUGACAGUAUUAAUAAAUAAAUACAUAAGACACAAAGAAA